AUGAGGUUCAUCCUGCACGUGGGUUUGAUCACGACCGCCUUGGCCAUCGCUCCUGUCCGCUUUGACAGGGACAAGGUACUCCGCGUGAAGCCCCAGGAUGAAAAACAAGCAAACAUCUUAAAAGACUUGGCCAACACCAAUGAGCUUGACUUCUGGUAUCCAGAUGCCACCCAUCACGUGGCUGUUAAUAUGACAGUGGAUUUCCGAGUUACUGAGAAGGAAUCCCGAGCCGUGCAGUCUGCCUUGGAUCAAAAUAAAAUGCACUAUAAGAUCCUGGUUGAUGAUCUACAAGAAGAGAUUGAGAAACAGUUUGAUGUUAAAGAAGAUAUCCCAGGCAGACACAGCUAUGCAGAAUACAAUGACUGGGACAAGAUUGAGGCAUGGACUGAAAAAAUGAUGUACAAGCAUCUAGAAAUGGUCUUUCGUAUCAAAAUUGGAUCUACUGCUGAAGACAACCCACUAUAUGUUCUUUUGAUUGGGAAAAAAGAUGAAAGAAGAAAGGCUAUUUUUAUGGAUUGUGGCAUUCAUGCACGAGAAUGGGUCUCCCCAGCCUUCUGCCAGUGGUUUGUCUAGCAGGCAACCAAAAGUUAUGGAAAAGAUAAAAUUAUGACCAAACUCUUGGAUCAAAUGAAUUUUUAUGUUCUUCCAGUGUUCAAUGUUGAUGGAUAAAUUUGGUCAGGGACACAGGACCGCAUGUGGAGAAAAAAUUGUUCCAAGAACCGAAAUUCCAACUGCAUGGGCACUGACCUCAAUCGGAAUUUUAGUGUCUCAUGGAAUGGUGAGCCUGAUACCUUAGAUGGUUGUCUGAAUUUCUAUCAGGGCCCUGCACCAGAGUGAGAGACAAAAGCUCUCACUGACUUCAUUCGAAGCCACCUGAAGUCUAUCAAGGCUUCUAUCAUCUUCCACUCCUGUUCCCAGAUGCUAUUGUUUCCCUAUGGGUUUACAUCACAAUUGCCACCCAACUGCAAAGAUUUGGCCAAGGUUGCCAAGAUUGGCACUGAAGCUCUGUCAAAGCGAUAUGAAACCCACUACAUCUAUAGCCCAACAGCAUCAGUAAUUUCUAAAACAUCAGGCAUUUCUCUAGACUGGGCUUACAACCUGGGCAUCAAGCAUACAUUUGCCUUUGAGCUCCGAGACAGAGGCAAAUUCAAUUUUCUACUUCUAGAAUCUCAGCUGAAGUCAACCUGUAAAGAGACCAUGCUAGCUGUCAAAUUCAUUGCUAAGUAUAUCCUCAAGCAUACCACUUAG